CACCCCGCACCGGCCGGGCCAGGCGCUGCUGGAGCGACGGAGCGGCUGUGGGGACGGACGGCGGCCGGGGCGGCAGCGCGGCGACGGCGGCGGCCCAGGGAGGAGGAGAAGGAGAAAGAGGAGGAGGAGGCGGCGGCGGCCGGCGAGGAGAAGCGGAGAGGCGAGGAGAGGCCCGCGCUCGGCCCGCGGGGUAGGAAGAGGCGGAGGAACCUGCUGCCGCUGCCGGUGGUGGUGCUGAGGGCGGCGGGGAGGGCGAGUCACCCGGCAACGAUUAACUGCUGAAGUACUGAUCGAGUUCUGCUAUUCUUCAAUGAGGAACUACAGGCUGAUCUUUUGCCAUAAUCUUAAACAACCAUAAAUGACAAAAGAAUGCUUGGUCAGUGAGGGCAGCUGGCGCAGAAAACGUUUUUCAAACUCGGCUGUUUAAGUACUCUGAGAACAGACAGCUUUGAUUUUUGGCUGCAAAAAGAUAUGAGGAAGAGCUCCUCCCCUUCCUUGAGUAACUGCAACUCUGUUCUUGCUAACAAAAUAUUUGGAAUUCCACUUGAUGAGCUGCAGCAAGAAGGGCAACCAGACAAUGAGGUUCCAUUCAUAGUCCGCCAUGUUGUGGACUAUAUUGAGGAACAUGGGGGUCUGGAACAAGAAGGACUUUUUCAAGUCAAUGGGAACGCUGAGACAGUGGAGUGGCUUCGGCAACGAUACGAUAAUGGAGAAGAUGUGGACCUGGUUAAAGAAGCAGAUGUACCCUCAGCUAUUAGCCUUCUUAGAUUUUUUCUUCAGGAACUUCCAGAGCCAGUUAUCCCAGGCAGUUUGCACAUACAUUUGAUGCAACUUUCUCAAGAUUAUAAUAAUGAAGAUGAAUUUGGAAGAAAGUUGAGGUUCCUCUUGCAGCAGCUUCCACCUGUUAAUUACAGUUUGUUAAAGUUUCUGUGUAAAUUUUUAGCUAAUGUAGCAUCACAUCAUGAAGAAAUUUGGUCAGCAAGUUCUUUAGCUGCAGUCUUUGGCCCGGAUGUUUUUCACAUUUACACAGAUGUGGAGGAUCUGAAAGAACAAGAAAUAGUUAGCAGAAUAAUGGCGGGACUUCUGGAGAACUACUAUGAAUUCUUUGAAAAUGAAGAGGAAGAUUUUUCAUCUACUAAUGAUUUAAGCUCAAUCACUGAGCAGAUCAAUGAUCUCUUGGAAGAGGAGGAAGAUGUAAAGCUUGAGCAGUCUGAAGAACUUCCAGAAGAUGGCACAGAGAAACCUGAUGAAAGGCCAGCUGUGGUGCAUCUAGAUAUGACAGGGAGUCUCUCGGAUUCCAGGAGCGUUACAGCAUCAACAAGUGCUCAUAUCUCUCCCAUAAGUAUCUUGCCAGCCUCUGCAGACAUUCUAGAAAGAACAAUUAGAGCAGCUGUGGAACAGCACCUUUUCGACCUGCAGAGCAGCUUAGAUAACGAUCUUAAACACAUACAGCAACACAGACUGGGCUGUAACAGUGAAGCAAAAAAUCCCAGCGGGGAUGAGGAAGGAUCUAACAACCAGAAUGAUGUUAUUGAAGAUAAUGACACUGGUAGCAGUGAGAACACAGGAGACUGCUCUGAAGUAUUGGUUUGCACUGAUUUAGACAGUGAAGCUAUGAAACAUGAUACUGUAACUGAGGAAGAAGAAAGCGUUCAGGUACCAGCCCUUCCUUCUGCUCAGACUGCAGAUGUAUUAUUGGAGCCAUGUGAUAAAGAUGCAGAUGUUGAUGGAGAAGAUAAUAGGGAAAGGGAAAAUAGUAUAUUGCUUGGUGGCGAUGAUAGAAUAUCUCCAGAGGUGUUUCUGGAUUCAAGUAGCAAGACAUGUGAUCUUAAUGCAAAUACUGAUUCAGAGGUGUCAGGGGUUGACAACGUUAAUGUUCCUGAGGAAGCUCUGGGUGUUCAAGUACCGCGUCUAGAUCUGAAGAAUGUGUCUGAUGGUGACAAAUGGGAAGCACCAUGCCCUAUCACUUUCCCCCUCAUUGAUUUCAAAACAAUGCAUCUGCAGAGAGAAGGGGAGGAUCCGUUUCCUGCUUUCAAGUCUUGGCAGGAGGACAGUGAAUCUGGAGAAGCUCAGCUUUCCCCGCAGGCUGGAAGGAUGACUAACCAUCCCUUGGAAGAGGACUGUCAUCCGAUAUUGUCGCAUCGUAGUUUGGAUUUUGGGCAAAGCCAACGUUUCUUACAUGAUCCAGAAACCUUAGAUUCUUCAUCCAAAGCACUUUCUUUUGUUAGAACACGAAGAGCAUCCUUUAGCUCCAAAGAUGACAAAAGGGAAGACAAGACACCCUAUCAGCUUGUCAAAAAAUUACAGAAAAAAAUCAAGCAAUUUGAGGAACAAUUUGAAAAAGAGAAAAACAGUAAGCCUUCCUAUAGUGAUAUUGCAGCCAAUCCAAAAGUUUUAAAGUGGAUGACUGAACUUACCAAAUUGAGAAAGCAAAUAAAAGAUGCAAAGCAGAGGAACUCAGAUGGAGAAUUCAUACCUCAAACAAGGCCACGAAGUAACACUCUUCCAAAAAGCUUUGGUUCCUCUCUUGACCAAGAGGAUGAAGAAAACGGAGAUGAGACGCGGGUUGUGCAGAAGGAGAAGAAGCCCACCAAGGAAGCCACACUUGAACUCAUUUUGAAAAGAUUGAAGGAAAAACGAGUUGAGAGAUGUUUGCCAGAAGAUAUAAAAAAAAUGACAAAGGACCAUUUGGUAGAAGAGAAAACAUCUCUCCAGAAAAGUCUCCUGUAUUAUGAAAGUCAACAUGGACGACCGGUUACUAGAGAAGAAAGACAUAUUGUGAAGCCACUUUAUGACAGAUACAGACUUGUAAAACAAAUGUUAACUAGAGCAAGCAUUACUCCUAUUCUUGGGUCACCAUCAACCAAGAGGCGGGGGCAGAUGUUACAGCCCAUCAUUGAAGGUGAAACUGCCCAUUUUUUUGAAGAAAUUAAGGAAGAGGAGGAGGAAAGUGAUGGUUUGUCUGCAGACCUGAACGAUAUCUUAAAAACUGCUGUCCAGACACAGUCUGUUCUGAGCCCGGUUGAAAACUCCGAGUCUGAUGUUGAAGAUGGUCAAGAGAAGCUGACCCGGGACCUCAGGCUGUCAAGCACCCGCGCUGCUUCCAUGCCUGAAUUAUUGGAGCAACUGUGGAAAGCCAGAGCUGAAAAAAAGAAGCUACGGAAGACUCUGCGAGAAUUUGAAGAGGAGUUUUAUCAGCAGAAUGGAAGGAACGUGCAGAAAGAAGACCGGGUUCCGAUGCUCGACGAGUACAGGGAGUACAAGAAAAUCAAAGCCAAACUCCGGCUCCUGGAAGUCCUCAUCAGCAAACAAGAUUCUUCAAAAUCCAUUUAAAUGGUGUUCCUCCAGCCGGUGGCUGCCGUGGGGUUCCGUGGUUCUCGGGGGCUCGUGUUGGUUUGUCGCGCGCUGUUGAAAGCAUCCGGUUCGUGCACUUUAUGGUGGUGCCACUAGAACUUGUUUGAGGGUGAGUAGGUCCUGUCUAGAGAGCAAGUCAGAUGUCUCAGUUCGAGACUGCUCUAUCCAACUUUAGCAAACACAGGUUCCAUCAAAAGUUUUCUAUUCCAGAUACAUCCAUCUUGUUCCAAAACAACCACAGCUUUUUUAGGUUUUUUUUUUUCACUUUAGCAUUCAAGAACUUUGAGACUUUUGUUAUUACCAACAUUUUGCAUUAUCGAAGAAAUUAUUAAUAGCGUAAUGCUACACUGAACUACUCCUCCUGCCUAUUUUUUUUUUAUUUUGGGGGUGGAAAAAAGUCAGCAAAUUAAACAUCCAGCUCUUUUUCCUGGAACAUUCUAAAACCAGAGUGAAAUUCCUUUCAGAGGACUGCUGUGGAACAACUUUAAUUUUUGCUAUUCUAAAUUGCACCUAUAACACGGUAAUAAUUCUAUGGAUUUUGCUCAUUAACGGUCACGUUUCCUCCUUGGUAAAGAUGAGAGUGGACAAACCAGAAAGUGACCUUCCUUUAGUGUCUUUUAAAACUUGGAAAACUGCAAAGUUGUAUCACACGCUGCCUCCAGGACUUGUGUUACUGCUGUUCAUUCUCUCGGUCGAUGGGUUGUUAUCCACUAGUGGUGACAUAGUGUUUGGGCUGAAUUGGAUACUGCGUCUCCGCUCGCGGAAGAUUUGAGGAACAUUAAAGAACAUUUGGAUGUGUGGGGAAUCUGAUGGCGCUGAGACUCGAGUAGCUCCAGCAGAAAAGAGUUCAAAUUCCUCUGUACCUGAAAGAAGUGUUGGUAUCAAGGGCUAAAAUCAGUGUAGUUACCGCGCACCACAGGGUGAACUGUUGGGUUCCAUUGGAAAAAAAAAUCACUGCUGGUUUAGCACGAUUUUGUUUUACAGUUGGAGAAUAAAAAUAAGUUCCCUAACCCUUAACGAUGUAAGCAAAACAGUUUAUGGGCCUUGCAUGAUUUAGCUUCGGAGUUGAAACUAAAUAAUGUUUUUGAGUAUCACAUCUGCCGUGCUGAAUGAUGAUGAUUUAGCUCUAGCUUUACGCUCCGCAACAGCCAGCAGCAGCUGGUUUUGAUCUGGCAAAAUCUAAGUGUUAAUUUUUAACUGGUGCUUUCUCAGUUUUAAUUUUUUUUUGUUCUUUUUUGUUUUUUUUUUUCCUUUAAUGUAUGGGUUUGAUUGUGGCCACGUUUUGCAUGCACCUCCUCUCACUGCAUGUUUUUUAUGACGGGCUGAUGUCAACAAGAGCUAUUAUUCACACUGCUUUCUGAAAGACCAAAAAUGAACUUUUUCGUAAGGAAUGGCUGGCAUGUAACCUCAGAGACUUGCUGUUGGGUCGUGAAGCAUAUGAAAUAGGUUGAAAGUAGGAUAUUUAGUGCUCAGAUUUCAUCUGUGUACUGUAGAAUACUUCUUGGUUUGGUUUUUUAACUCUGCUUGUAGGCAUGUAAUUUUGGAAUUCAGAAAAGAAAAAAAAAAGCACUAAAACUAUUGAGCACUGGUGGUUUGCCUCUUUUUUUGGGGGGGGUUUAUUUUGGUUUUUUUUUUUUUAAACUGCAAAAUGAUGUGGGACCUUGGAGAGUGCUGAGGUUAAACUAGUCCUGAGACCAUUUAUCCAUUUUUCUUCAGUUCCGUUGUGCAAUGUACACUUCAGUUCCUUUUCUCUCAGUCUGCAGACACGGGUGUAUCCAACCAUUGAAACUAAUGUGUACUGUAUAGUGUUGUACAUGAAUGUUUUGUGUUUUAUAUACCACAUGCAAAAUGUCAAUAUGCACUAUUUAAAUGUUUUAAAUAAUAUAUUCCUCCUUUAUAAUGCUUAAAUCUAUAUGAUUCCGAUAUUUUUAUAAGUGAGUGAGUGAUCAGACUGGUUCCAAUUCAGAAUUAACAGCUGCUUUGUGUUCGUUAUGCGGUGUUUGGCUGUUUAUUCCCUAGUAGAUGCGCAUGGCAACAGUUAACGCUGAGUGUGGUUUGUGCCAUCCUUGUUGAGCAAUAAAGAAAUGGUAGAACUAGGCAUUUUGUGAUAUAACAGUUUUACUUUGGUAAAAGCAAAACCUAUAUAUCUAUAUGGAUAUAUAGAUAUGGAAUAUAUAUAUAAACUGAACCAGAUAUAAUUGCAUUGCUAUGUCUGGUGCUCAUUGUAUAGACUUUUAUAAUAAAAGUACCUUAACCUUUAUUGUCAUA